AACGCUUCCAAAUCGUGCCUCGGCGCUCCCUCGGGUUGCCGCCGUUGCCGCGCCGGACUGGUACGCUUUCGGCGCAGGGCUAUUUCGUAGUGUCCGCUGCGGUCUAUCUGGGAGUGCAACCGAGGCCGUUAUCCGUCGCCCUCGCCCUCCUUCUGAGGGGAACGAGGGGCGGCACUCCUCUCGCCGGGGGCUUCCAGGCGCCGCUCUGCUCCAGACAUCACUCCACGUUGUUCUCCCGUCAGCGGCGGUACCUCUUCGGGAUCCUGCGGCCCCUGCAGGGAGCCCGACACAGCCACACCCACGCAUGGGACGCCACGCGACGGCGGCCGCUCUGCUGGCCGCCUUCCUGGCCACCGCGUGCAGAGCCCAGAUCUUGAACCCUCCGUACUUCAACCUGGCCGAAGGCCGCACCAUCUGGGCCACCGCCACGUGCGGUGACUCUGCGUCGCCCGAGCUCUACUGCAAGCUAGUCGGAGCCAACUUGGACAAGCAGGAUAACCCCCACAUCAACCUGAUCCAGGGACAGGUGUGCGACCACUGCGACGGCACGGACCCUCGACGAGCCCAUCCGCCCGAGAACGCCAUCGACGGCUCCGAGCACUGGUGGCAGAGCCCGCCGCUUUCCCGAGGAACCCGAUUCAACGAAGUCAACCUCACCAUAGACCUCGGACAGGAGUUCCACGUGGCCUACGUGUUUAUCAAGAUGGCCAACUCUCCCCGGCCCGGCGUGUGGGUGCUGGAACGGUCGACGGACGAGGGCAAGACCUACCAGGCGUGGCAGUACUUUGCGGACAGCUACGCCGACUGCGACACCUACUUCGGCCCGGAGGUGGAGCACGGCAUCAGCAGGGACGACUCGGUCAUCUGCGAGACCAAGUUCUCCAAGGUGGUCCCCCUGGAAGGCGGAGAGAUGGUGAUCUCGCUGCUGAACGGGCGUCCCAGCGCCAACAACUUCACCUACUCUCCCGUGCUGCAAGAGUGGACCAAGGCCACCAACGUCCGCCUGCGCCUGCUGCGCACCAAGACCCUGCUCGGCCACCUCAUGUCCGUCGAAAGGCAGGACCCCACGGUCACCCGACGGUACUUCUACAGCAUCAAGGACAUAAACAUUGGCGGCCGGUGCGUGUGCAACGGGCACGCAGACACUUGCGACAUCACGGACCCCAACAACCCGUCCAAGCUGAACUGCAGCUGCCAGCACCACACCUGCGGGCCCCAGUGCGAGCAGUGCUGUCCGGGAUACCAGCAGAACAAGUGGCAGCGCGCCAGCAUCGACAACCCAAACGUCUGUGAACCCUGCAACUGCUUCGGCCACUCGAACGAUUGCUACUACGAUGAGAAGGUGGACGAACGGCAGGAGAGCCUGAAUGUGCACGGCAUCUACGACGGCGGCGGCGUCUGCCGCAACUGCCAGCACAACACGGAGGGCGUCAACUGCCACAAGUGUCGGCCGGGAUUCUACCGGCCCUUCAACAAGCUCCUGAAUGCCACCGACGUCUGCCAGCCGUGUCGCUGCGACCUGACCUUCUCGUCGGGCAACUGCAUGGAGGGCUCCGGCCAGUGCGAGUGCCGGCCGGAGUUUCUGCCGCCCAGCUGCGACCAGUGCAACGCGGGCUACUACGGCUACCCCCAGUGCCGCCCCUGCGACUGCCACGCCAACGGCACGCAAGGACGGGUCUGCCAGGUGAACGGCGGACAGUGCCCCUGCAGGCGCUACUACGAGGGCAAGAACUGCGACCGCUGCUCCCCCGGCUACUACGGAUUCCCGGACUGCAGACCCUGUGACUGCCACCCGUCGGCGUCCCUAGGCGCUUCGUGCGACGCGGAGAGCGGGCAGUGCACCUGCCGGAACAGCUACGGCGGCCGUCAGUGCCUCCACUGCCAAGUGGGCUUCUACGACUACCCCACCUGCAAACUGUGUUCGUGCGACCCGACGGGCACUACGGAGGAGGUGUGCAGCAACCAGACGGGCCAGUGCCUAUGCAAGCCCCAGUACGGGGGCCCACGCUGCGACCAAUGUGCCCCGGGAUUCUACAACUUCCCCAACUGCAUUCCCUGUGAAUGCGACAGCAAGGGCUCCCUGGGCAAUUCGUGCGACAACGCGGGCAAGUGCCACUGCCUGGCCAGCUUCACGGGCCUGCGAUGCGACCAGUGUGCCCCGGGCUACUACAGCUACCCAGACUGCAACCCCUGCGGCUGCGACUCGUACGGAUCCGUGGGACUGUCGUGUGGGAGCGACGGCACCUGCUUCUGCAAGCCCAGCUUCGACGGAGAGAAGUGCGACCGCUGCAAGAAGGGCUUCUACAACUAUCCCCUCUGCGAAGGCUGCAACUGCAACCCGGCGGGGAUUCUGGCGACGUUUGGCGGCUGCGGCAGCCUGACGAGUGGGGAGCUGUGCGAGUGCAAGGAGCGAGUCACGGGACGCAUCUGCGACCAGUGCCGCCCGCUCUACUGGAACCUCAAGCCGAGCGACCCGCAGGGUUGCGAGGACUGCGAGUGCCACUCCCCGGGCACCCUGGGGGGGCUGCGGGUGUGCGACGGCCAGAGCGGCCAGUGCCUGUGCAAGCCCAACGUGGGCCAGCGCCAGUGCACAGAGUGCCUCGACGGGACCUUCCACCUCCAGGACCAGGACCUGCUCGGCUGCCAGGACUGCCAGUGCGACGUGGGCGGAGCGGUGGGCAGCUCGUGCGACGCCCGGAGCGGCCAGUGCCAGUGCCGGCCCCGCAUCACGGGGCGCCGUUGCUCGGAGCCCCUGCAGGCGCACUUCUUCCCCACGCUGCACCAGCACAAGUACGAGGUGGAGGACGGACACACCCCCAGCGGGGUCAACGCCCGCUUUGACUUCGACAGCGGCCUCUUCCCGGGCUUCUCCUGGAAGGGCUACGCCAUCUUCUCCAACAUUCAGAAGGAGAUCCUGAUUGACCUGCACAUCCAGAAGCCUGGGCUGUACCAGGUGAUAGCGCGCUACGUGAGCCUCAACGGCGACAAUGUCUACUGCAACAUCAGCUUCACUCCGGACACGUACGGAGAGAGCAAGCAGACGGAAACGCUGGUGCUGCCCCCGAGCCGAGAGCCCCGCUUCCAGGGGGUGGUGGGGCAGGACGGGGUCACUGCCCUCCCCUUCGUGCUGAACCCCGGCCGAUGGACCCUUUCCAUCAAGGCCCCCCGGCCCGUCUUCCUGGACUACAUGGUGCUGCUGCCCGAGGCCUUCUACGAGGCGACGCUGCUGCAGGAGCGGGUGCGCCACCCGUGCCUGCGGGGGGGCAACAUGGCGGGCCCUUGCCGCCAACUGCGCUACCCGGCCCUGCCGGACACGGCCGUGCCGGUGGCCGCCGCCCAGGGAGCGGACGGACAGGGUGCCCCCGUGCGGAUUCUCGACGACGCGGACGUCCUGGAGGAGCUGCACAGCGGGCCCAUGGCUCACCUGGACGAAGACCACGGGUCCCUGCGGCUGGACCUGCGAGUGCCCAGGGCCGGGCCGCACGCCCUGGUCUUCUUCUACCACUCGCUGGACAAUGACGGCUCUGUGGCCGCAGACCUGGUGCUGUCGGGCGCCGACCGGCUGGCCACGGGCAGGGCAAACUUCCACCACUGCAACUACAACCUGCUCUGCCGACAGGUGGUGCUGGACCACUCCGGUCGCGUGUUGGAGCUGGAGCUGCGUGGGAAUGAAGAGCCCCUGCAGGUCACCCUGGACCUCUCGGUACCUUCCGGGGAGCUUGCCCUGGAGCGCCUGGUGGCCGUGCCCUUGGACCAGUGGCACACGGACUACCUUCUGCCCCAGGAGGAGUGCAUCCGCAGGGCGGGCGGGGAGUGCCAGCCCACACCCUUCCCCUCUUUCUCUCCCGCCUCCAAGGUUGAGUUUGAGAGUGGCGCGGAACCGGCAGUGGAGCUUCCGCCGACGCUGAUGGACAACUCGACGGUGCUGGUGCUGGUGGACGAACGGAACCCCUCCGUGCACGUGGAGGGAAACGUAUCUGAGCCGGGCCGCUACGUCCUGGUGGUGCACUACUACCAGCCGGACCACCCUGCCUUUGAGCUGGACGGAGUGGUGCAGAGUGGGGACAGCAACCAGGAAGCCCGCCUGCCCCUGGCCCACUGCCCCUGGGCGGCGGGCUGCCGGGCCGUGCUCGCCAAUGCGCAGGGCGGUUCCCCCGCCUUCCCGCUCCUCGACAACUUCACCCUCACCCUCGGCGAUCCGGGCCGCAAGUCCGCCUGGCUGGACCACGUGAUGCUGAUCCGAGAGGACCAGUUUGACGAGUCCCUGCUGGGGCCCUUGCCGUUGGACAAGGCGGUGGACUUCAUCAAGCAGUGUGGACAGAACAGCUUCCACAUGACAGCCAACACCAGCGAGCUGUGCAAGGAGGCCGUAUUUUCGCUGACCUCCGAAUACAACAACGGCGCCCUGCCCUGCCAGUGCAACAUCGACGGGUCGCUGUCCUUUGAGUGCGAGCGCUUUGGGGGCCAGUGCGCCUGCAAGGAGAACGUGAUUGGCCGCACGUGUUCGCAGUGCCGCACGGGCUACUUCGGGUUUCCUUCGUGCCGGCCGUGCGACUGCCCCAACACGGCGGUGUGCCACCCCAUCACGGGCCAGUGCAUCUGCCCGCCCCGAGUGAUGGGGGACAAGUGCGACACCUGCAUGCCCCUCACCUUCGGAUAUACCCGCAUCGUGGGUUGCGAGGAGUGCAACUGCCACCCCCAGGGUGUGCAGGGGAACAACCUCCAGUGUGACCUGCAGAGCGGCCAGUGCAAGUGCAAGACGAGCAUCGUAGGACGCACUUGCGACGAGUGCAAGUGGGGUUACUGGGACUUCCCACGCUGCCGCCUCUGCAACUGUGACCUGCGUGGAACCGUCGAGGACAUCUGCAACCAGGACACGGCCGAAUGCUUCUGCAAGGAAAAUGUUGAAGGGGAUUCGUGCGACGUCUGCAAGCCGGGCACCUUCUUCCUGGAGGAGAGCAACCCUGUGGGCUGCACCAAGUGCUUCUGCUUCGGCACCACGGACCGCUGCAACAGCGCACUCAUAUUCCGCAGCCAGGUUCUGGAGAUGGACGGCUGGUCGCCCGUUGUGUUGGGUGUGGUGGGUGAGCUCACCCUGGAAGAGCUGGACGGGGGCGUGUCCUCUUCCCCCAGCUCGGUGCAGGCCACGGCCCCUUCGGACCUGCCCGUGGGCUCCCACUUCUACCUGGCCGCACCCUCCCCCUAUCUGGGCAACAAGGUGACCUCGUACGGAGGGACGCUGGCCUACAGCCUUGUGGCCACCGCGGACAACCUGGUGGACUUUGGAAGCGUGAUUGGACCCGACGUGGUCCUCAGGGGCAACAACCUGACCCUGGUGCACGAACACGUGGAGCAACCCGCCGCCGGUGUCCCCCUGGAAGUCCACCUACGAUUGGUCGAGGGCGAGUUCCGUCAGCUGAGUGGCAGGAAGGUGACCCGGGAGCAACUGAUGAUGGCUUUGGUGAACCUGGAUGGGCUGUACAUACGAGGCUCCUACUUCCAGCCCAGUCUUGACGUCAGGCUGAGCAAUGUUGCCUUGGACACGGCACUGACAUCGUAUGUCCCGAAUGCUGCACAAGCUCUGACUGUAGAACAGUGCCACUGUCCGCCCAACUACAAGGGCACCUCCUGCGAGGAGUGCGCCGCUGGCUACUACCGGUCUGCAACUGGCCCUUACCUCGGCUUCUGCGUGCCCUGCCAGUGCAACGGCCAUGCCGACACGUGCGACGUUGUCACGGGGAAGUGCCACAGCUGCCAAGACAACACCUUUGGCGACCACUGCGAGCAGUGCCUACCCGGUUACCACGGGGAUGCCACCAGGGGGAACCACGACGACUGCCUCAUCUGUGCCUGCCCGAUCCCGUUGCCCUCCAACAACUUCGCCGACAGCUGCGAAGUGUCUCCGAGCGGACAAGAGAUUAGCUGCAACUGUAAGAAGGGCUACUACGGACCUCGCUGCGACGUCUGUGAUGCGGGCUACUUUGGCGAGCCCGACGUGAUUGGCAGCAGCUGCAAGCCGUGCGAGUGCAGCGGCAACAUUGACCCGGCCAACCCGGCCUCUUGUGACUCGGUGACGGGGGAGUGCGUGCUGUGCCUCAACAACACGUCCGGACCCGCCUGCGAACUGUGCGCUCCGGGAUUCUACGGCGACGCCAUCUCGGUCAAGGACUGUCGCAAGUGCUCCUGCAACCAGUGCGGCAUGCACUCCUGCAAUCCCCUCCAGGGCACCUGCAACUGCCACUCCAACGUGGAAGGGAGCCUCUGCGACCGUUGCGCACCCAACCACUGGGGGUUCUCGGAGUGCCGAGGCUGCCGCUCGUGCGACUGCAGCCUGGCCUCUCGGUCCAAGCAGUGUGACCUGGAGACGGGACAGUGCCCCUGCCAGCCGGGGGCCGGAGGGCCGCGCUGCGACGUCUGCGAGCCGGGCUACUGGCGCUAUUCGGCCGACGGAUGCAUCUCGUGCAACUGUGCGGCCAAGUUUUCGGCGGGUGCCGUGUGCAACCAGCAGACGGGCCAGUGCCAGUGCCUGCCCGGCGUGGAAGGGGACAAGUGUGACCGGUGCCCCUACCGAUGGGUCUUCGUGGAGCGCGAGGGCUGCAAGGAGUGUGGCGAGUGCGUGCACGCCCUGCUGGACGACACGGACAGCCUGGAGCAGAUGAUCGACAACAUCGGGGACGAGAUGCGUGACAUCUCCUCCACUUACCUGGCCAACCAGCGGCUGCAGCUCGUCAACCAGACUGCGCACGACCUGAAAGAGCAGCUGAUGAGCUUCAGCGGAAAGCCCGCCUCCCUGGACGUGAGCCCCCUGGCACAGAACGUCAGCGAUCUGGAAGCACUGGCCUCGACAGUGCGCAAGGACGCUUCGAGCCUGGCGCUCUCGGCUACGGCGAACAACCACACGGCGUACAAGACCAGGCUGGAAGCCGACCGGGAAGAGCUCAACGUGGAGAAGACGGUCCAGGAGAUGCGAGACAUUCUGAGCAGCCUGACGGCCUUCUCCGAGGGCCUGGGCUCGACUUCUACCGCCAACGUGGAGCCGCUGCUCGACGAAGCCACCCGCAUCGUGGAGCUUCUCAAUGCCACCGAGUUCAUGAGGCCCUUCGCCGAAGCAGAGGAAGAGCUGGCGCAGGCCAGAGAAGGCCUGGAGCGUGCGCAGAACUUCUCGCUGCCGGCGGUGCAGAACGACGCAACCCUGGAGGACCUGCGGCAGACGAUGGCGGAGGAGCUGGAGGGGCGCCUCUACGAGCUGGCCAACCACACCCAGAGGGUCGAGGACAUGGUGCGGGAGGUGGCCCACCUGCAGAACACGGCUAACAGCUCCCCGUUCAGGGGGAUCAUUGCCCAAAGCGAGGAGCUCAAGUUGCAGUCCGAGGCACUUCAGAAGGAGGCCAGGGAACUCCUUCGGGCCUGCCAGGACUACUACCCGGACGCAGAAAACGCCUAUGAGGGCCUGCGUGAGAACUCUGCCCGUCUGCGAGACAUGGUGGACCAACUGCAGACGUUCCUGGAGAAGCUGAGCCCUGCGACGGAGAAGGCCGUGCCCUACGUGCGGGAGGCGGAGAUCCACUCGCACAAGCUCCAGCAGCAGGCCAGGGAGUGCCAGACAAUCCUGAACUCCACGCAGCAGACGUCUUCUUCGGCCCUGGCCUACGACGAGAUUGCCAAGAUCAUCGACGAGGCUCAGAACAUCUCGGAGGCAGCCCUUGCUACGUCGAACGAAGCCCACGACAAUUCUGACGGGGUGAUAGAAAAUGCGGACAACUCGAAGGAGCGGAGCCUGCAGCUGAAGGACGAGGCAGUGCAGCUGGAAGAGCGGGUCGAGCUCGAGAUGAAGGGCAGGGUGACCGAAGCGCAAGAUAGACUGGCCGCCAUCGAGCUCCACAACAAGAUGAACGCCAAGGAUCUGGCCGACGUCAAUAAGGACCUGGACAAUUUGCAGACGGGCGAAGUGCAGCAGGCGCUGCGCAAGAGUGUUGCCGAGGCCCAGGCUGCGGCCACCCGUGUGGAGGAGGCGUCGUCCCGGGUGCAAGACAUCCUGGAGCGUCUGCCGGGCUCCAACACCCACGCCCAGGAGGUGUCCUCGGACAACCUGGGUUACAAGCAGGCCAUCGUGGCUGCCUCCAGCUACAUCGACCGGGCCCUCUCUCCGGACCAAGACCUCGGUCGGCAGGCCAACCGUCUGGUGCAGAGGCACAAGGCCAUGCGAGCGACGGCAGACGACGUGCGCGCCCGGAUCGAGGAACUGCGCCGGAAGGUGGCCCUUGCAAGGGACGAGGCCAACAGGGUGAAGGUAGGCAUGGAGUUUGACGGGCAGCAGUGGCUGCGCCUCAAGAACCCGGAGAACCUGCAGGAGGCGGCCACCUACACCCGCCUCUCGCUCUACCUCAAGACCGGAGAGCCCGAGGGGACCGUGGCCUACCUCGGCAACGGACGAGGAGCGCCCGGCCGAGCCAAGCGCGCCCGGGAGGAUGACUUCAUGGCCCUACUGCUGAAAGGUGGCAACCCCGUGCUCGUCAUCAACCUGGGUGAUGGCACCGAGGAGAUCCGACACGAUCGCUACGUGGCCGACAAUCAAUGGCACCAGAUUAUCAUCGACAGGACUGGCAAGACGGUGAACCUGGAGGUGCGCACGGAGGGUGAGCCCGAGAGCAUCAAGACCAAGUACCUCCAGGGCACCCAGAGCGUCUUCAACCUGGACCAGUCUUCGUCCAAGUUCUACCUGGGAGGGCUGCCUCCAGACGAACAGGUGGAGCUUGGCGACUGGGUCCCCUUUGUGGGCUUCCUGGAGGAGCUGGAGUUUGGGGGCCUGCCCCUGGGGCUGUGGAACUUCCUGGAGAAGGGCGGGGAGCUGAUGGGCUGCGCCGAACGGGAUGUCCUGGCACAGGUGCCGGGAGGGAGCGGCCUGCGCUUUGACGGGACGGGCUACGCCAUCCUGUCCAAGGAGCGCAGGGACUUCAGCAGUGGCAUCAGCAUCAGCAUGCAGUUCCGCACCUUCGCCAAGGAGGGCCUGCUCUUUCUCAUACACAACGGGCCCAAGUUUAUGGCACUGGAGCUACGCGAUGGCCAUGUAGUGUACAAGUUUGACCUGGGCAGCGGCACGACCGAGCUGAGAUCGGACGCUGCCUACAACGAUGGCAUGUGGCACCAGCUGAGGGCGGCACAACUGCAGAUGGAUGCCGACCUGACGGUUGGCGGCAACGACUCGGUGACCGGCAGAGCCAGGGGUCAGGAGGAGGGCCUCGACUCGACGGACGACAUCUUUGUGGGCGGACACCCCAGCUUCCACGGUCACGAGGAGGUGACGCGGGUGAACUUCGAGGGCUGCAUUCAGGACCUUGAACUGGACACCCGGCUGCUGGACCUGCACAAGACCAAGGAAGCCCUGGCAGUUACUUCGGGGUGCCCCGCCAUCGUGGCUCGGCUGGUGUCCUUCUCGUCCCCCGGCUACCUGGCCAUGCCGUUCCUGGACCUGUCCGAGGACAGCCAGCUGACCUUCAAGUUCCGCACCCAGCGUCCGGAUGGCCUCAUCUUCUACGCGUCCUCCCAGGACCACUCGAGCUUCCUGGCGGUGGGGCUCAGGGGGGGCCGCCUCUUCCUGCAGGCGCGCCCCGGCGGGGAGGUGCACACCGAGGCCAGCUACGACGACGGCCGCUGGCACUACGUCACGGCCAGCUUCUACUCGACGCGCCUCAGGCUGGACGUCGACGACGGGCUCGUGGUGCAGCGCAGCACGCAGGAGCGGGUGUACGUGCUCACCUCGAGCGCCCUGUACUUCGGGGGCCUGCCUGCGUCGCAGCAGCCCAGCGAGCCCCUGCCGCCGGCCUUUGUGGGCUGCCUGGGGGACGCCACGGUGCGGGGCACCCUGCAGAACUUUGCGGCGGCCACCGAGCACAGCAACGCCGUUCUGGCCUCCUGCCCCGCCAGCUACGACGAGGACUUGUCCACCGAGGAGACCCCACACAUCUCCACGGGCUCUUCGGACAGCACUCCCCUGCCGGGCUGUGCGCUACCCCUGGAGCCAGCUCGGGACAUAGACGUGGGCCCCAACAGCGGCCUGCGCUUCGGCAACAGCCCGGAGAGUCGGCAGGAGUUCCGCAUGCCCACGGACUUUGCCAACUCGCUGCUGGAGCAGUCCACCGUGUCUCUCGAGUUCCGUACCCGCCACGAGGACGGCAUACUCUUUUAUGUGGGCAACACCAACCAGGUCGACUUUAUCUCCAUCUUCAUGAAGCAGGGCAGGCUGAACGUGAUGUUCAACUGCGGCACGGGGUCCGGGCUGCUGACGACCACCGAGACUUACAACCUGGGCGAGUGGCACUCGCUGGAGUUCAGCCGGCGUGGCCAGGUGGGGCUGCUGUACGUGGACAAUGCCACGGCCGUCCAGGGCAGCUCCCAGGGCACCACCAGCUCCAUCAACGUCCGGGCGCCCAUUUACUUCGGUGGCCUGCCUCGCAACCUCUCCUCCCAGGUCAAGGCCAACUUCAGGGGAGUGACCGGCUCGUUCCCGGGCUGCAUGCGCAAGCUGGAGGUGCAGGACCGGCUCCUGGUGCGCCCCAAGGUCAGCGUCGGGGUGACCGGCUGCUCCCAGAAGGUGGAGAGCGGCACCUUCUUCGGCAACAACGGCAGCCACCUCGUGCUCUACGACUCUUACAACGUGGGCAAGGAGAUGACGGUCGAGCUGGACAUCAAGCCCCGGCGGACGUCGGGGGUACUCUUUGCGGUGCACUCCAACAACCAGAAGGACUUCGUGCUGCUGCAGAUGGUCGACGGCAACGUCAAGUUCAGCGUCGACAACGGUGCCGGCAUCAUCGCCGUCACCGUCAGCGCCGGCAACCUCUGCGACGGCCAGUGGCACACCGUCAAAGCCGUGAAGAACAAGAAUGUGCUGUCCCUGGCGGUGGGCAGCGCCAGCAACCUGGCCAUUGGGCGUGGGGGCGUCACCGCCACGGACACGGCCAACCCGCUCUACGUCGGGGGCGUUCCCGACCCGGGCCAGACGCGGGCGGUCGAGAGCUCCGACCAGUUUGUGGGCUGCGUGCGCUACCUGCAGAUCAACUCCAAGCUGCAGAACCUGGCCGACAGCCGCGUGCACGGGGACGUCCACCUCAACUCCUGCCCCACCAUCUAAGGCGGCUUGCGUCUGCUUGCAUGGGGCGGGAACUCUGCUCAACUUUGUGUCUCCAAUUUUAUACUGGCAUGUCUAUCAUCCAGUAAAAUUUUUGUAAAAAGAAAAAAAAAAAAAAAUUUACAGUGAAGAAGUCGAUUUUCUGUCAGUAUCUUUGAGCUUUGAAAUAAACGUUCGAGCUUUGAAAGAAAUGUUUUAGCUUACAAGACAGUCGUGACCCAACCUAGCCACUUUGGCAUUUUUGUCGAUACUUUAAAUUACCACCCUUACCCAAGUUUAGACUUCCAAACAACUUCUUAUAUUCGUAUGUUUUCUAUGCAGUACAAUUUAUGUAAGAGGGAGGCGGUUUGACAAAAAAAAAAUCAUUCUAGUUUUCAGUACUUCUGUCGUAUCAGUAUCUCCAAUUCUCCACAGAGCAUUACGAGCUUGCCGUAACUUUUGUUAGCGCUUUACUGUCUGUACGCAUCCUAUGCAUUGGAUGCCUACUUCAUCUUACUUUAUUUUUACUUGGUUCCCUAAUUCCCAAAUUACCGUGCAAACUUUUCAGGUGCCAGGGAUAUGAGCGAAAAGUAUUUUUAAAGGUGCCAUGUUUACUUGGGAAUUUAUUUUUGUCUUCUACCCUACAUUUCUGGAUUUAAAGGGAUUCGAGCCUUUCUUCUCCAUGCUGGAAUCUCCGCUCGCAAAAAGCAAGCUGCGUCGCCGCAUUGUUACUGCGUCAUUCAGCAUCAGGUUUCAAUUCCACGCAUGUUGAGAACACUCUUCAGGAGUCCUGUCUUGCAAAACAAAUAGUGCAGUUCUUAGUGGCACAUAUCUCGUGGACAGAACAGCAAACCCCUCAUUUUUCCAAAGUUGAGCAGUGUUUCCCCUUAAUUCUACGCUAUAAUCAUAAUAAUUAAGAAUCAUUGGCAUUGAAGCAUUUCUAAUAAAGAAAUCGGAUACUA